AUGACUCGGGAUAUACCGUCAUCCUCUGGCCUCCCUUCCAGUGGGAUUAAAGUGAUUGUUGUCGGAUUGGGACUGGCCGGCCUCACGACCGCGAUUGAAUGUCAUCGAAACGGACACUCGGUCACUCUCUUGGAAAGAAUUACGCAGUUGAAACAUGAUGCCGGCGAUGGAAUUGCGAUUGGUCCCAACGCCGCACGCAUCGUGCGACAAUGGGGUCCGGAGGUGAUCGAGGAGAUCGAUCGCACUCGAUGCGACGCGACGCACGCCGAUAUGCUGGACCACUGCGACAAAUUCAUUGCCCGCAAUGAGCUUCCCGGCAAGGGCCAGCAGUUUGUGACCAACCGGGCCAAGUUGGUGUCGAUCUUGUACGAGUACGCGAAAGGACUCGGGGUUGACAUCCGAUUCGGCGCUCAAGUGAGCGAAUACUGGGAAACCGGCGACGAGGCCGGCGUGGUCGUGAAUGGUGAGGACAGGCUGACCGCCGACUGCGUCGUGUGCGCCGAUGGCGUCAAUGGCAUGUCGCGGCAAUUCAUCACGGGCGAGAAGGUGGACCGAACCCGCAAGGAGACGGGGUGGGCGACGUUCCGCGCUCACAUCGAUACCAACAGCGAGCCCUUCGCCAGCGACCCCGAGGCACAAUGGGUGCUGAAAGGGACCAGCGAGCAGGACCAAGCCUACGCGUGGUUUGGCGAGGGAGUCAACAUGGCCAUGUUGACCAUGGGACGGGGCAAGGACUUGGUCUGGAUGACUACGCACUGGGACUGCCAUGGGGCCCAGGAGACCUGGAGUGGAGGAGGCGUGCACGCCAAAUUGGAGGAUGCGAUGGCAGCAAUUGACCACUGGCCCGGCAAGGAGAGAAUUCAAGCGGUGAUCAGACAUACCAAACCCAGCAAGCUGGUGAACCAUCCGCUGGUCUAUCGGCCCCCGCUGAAGACAUGGAUCUCGCCCGGUGGUCGAGCCAUCCUCAUUGGCGACGCGGCGCAUCCCUACUUCCCAGUCGUGGGCCAGGGAGGCAGUCAAGGGAUGGAGGAUGGAGCGGUCAUUGCGGUGACUCUCACCCUCGCUGGCAAAGACCGGGUUCCUCUCGGUUUACGAGUCGCCGAGAAGAUCAGGUAUCCGCGGGCCAGCGUGAUCCAGCUGGGUAGUUCGGCCCUGCAAGAGGCGCUGUUACGGCCGGACUGGGAGACGGUGGCCAAAGAUCCGGAUCUAUUUCGCUUCCCGAACCCCGACUGGGUCUUCAACCAUGAUUGUCAGGAGUAUACCCACCGAGAGUUUGAGACGGUGGUCCAAGCAAUCCAGACGGGGAGCGAGUAUGUGCCAUCGAACAUUCCUCCUGACGGGGUGUAUCGGGUGGAAAACACAUACAAAGUGGAGGCCUAG